AUGGUUCAAAAUUUUGGUGAGUUGGCCUCACAUCGACUGUAUGUUCUCACUUUGUUCCGACAUACUUUGCGAAAUGCCAACAGAUAUUGUUAUUCUGUGCACCUUCGGAACAGAAUACACAAAGUUGUCAAAACUGUAAUCUGGAAACACAGGUUCGACAAGUCUAGUUGGACUGUUUAUUCUUUGUUGAAGAAAUUGCUUUUUCUGAAUGAGCAACUGACCCAUGGAGAUGUAUGGGCAGUUUGGCCAAUGCUAACACAAUUCUCAAAGAAGAAGAAGCCCUUCCAUGGUAGUGAGUUAGCGACCAUCGUAAAACAAUUGAAAACAGACAAUCCUGUCAGUGCAUUAAGAAAUAUCGAGGAGGAGAGACAACGCCAUAUACUUGCGAGGUAUAUUAACCAUCAGCAAGGAAACAAUAGACUGCCGCACAACAUACCGGAGGAAUACAAAGUGAAAUUACUGUUGCCGAUGGCCAUGCAUGAAGAUGCGAUGCUCAGGUUGUUAAAAAUUCAGCAUCAGCUAAAUAAAGGGGUACCUAAAGUCUUCCUAACCCAUACUUCAGCGGGAUCGAGCAGAAUUUGGUUCGUCAGGUCAGCCCUGAACAAAUCAAGAGCACAAUCGAAAGCGCUUGGGGUGUUGUUACGUGCAGAAAAGAAAAAAUCGCAGAAAAGGCUGGAUGCUUUGGAAAGAUGUAGGCAAAAUGCGGUGUGGGCUUUAGAGGAAGCGAUUUGGGAGCAGGCACUAGAAGGAGACAUUUGUUCACAUCGUGAUGUAUCAAGGCAUUUGAGCGAGUUGCAGAAUUCGGUGGUAGAACGUAGUCAUCAAACAGACUCAGAUAUCGAACCCACCAAACUGCAGAUGUGGUUAAAUCCUAUUAAAGAGGUAAUGAACAUGCUAACAAACCAGCAACAAGAAAAAAUGAGAUUUUUCAGAAACUACAAAGAUGAAGUACUAGUUAAUGGAGGUAGAUUCAAAAUGUGGGAACGCAAAAGUCAUCUUAUGCAUGAUAGGAGAGUAAAAAGAUUCAAACAACUAGUGAAAAGUGAACUUGAACGAGUGUCGCCAUUCUUAUCAGGACAUGACCUCCCGUCGCUACUCAAUAAGUAUAAAUUUUGA